CUCAGCACGCGCGGGGAAGAUGGCGGCGGCGGCCGGCGGGGUGCGGGGGCGGCGCAGCGGGAGCCACCGGCUCUGACCGGGAUCACCUCACGGCGCGGCGGGAAGGCCCCCGGAGGUUUUCGCGGGGCAGCGCCGACCGAGUGGAGAGGAGGCAGAACCCCCCUUUGGGGGGGGGGGGAAAGGAGGAGGGUGUCGGUUAGAGGAGAGUUGGAAGCGCGGAAGGCAACCCGGCCGUGAGGGGCCCGGGGAGUGAGGGGCAGCGCGGAGGGCCGAGAGCGAGAGGCGGCCCGGGGCGGAGAGGGGAGGGCGAGGAGCCAGGCUGAGGAGGAGCGGAGCGUCGGGGGCUGAGGCGAGCCGGCCGGCGGGCAGGGGAAGGAAGGCUGGCUCCCUGCGGCGGGCGCUCGCAGGUCAGGAGGCGGCUGCGCCGGUGGCUCCCCGCGUUCCUGGCUCUGGGCUGCUGGGCGCCCCACGCCAUGUUCUCGGUGCUGUCCUAUGGCAGGCUGGUGGCCCGGGCAGUCCUGGGCGGCCUUUCGCAGACGGACUCCCGUGACUACAGCUUGGUGACAGCCAGCUGUGGCUUUGGCAAAGAUUUCCGCAAGGGCAUCCUGAAGAAAGGCAUGUGCUACGGGGAUGACGCCUGCUUCGUGGCCCGGCACCGGUCGGCGGAUGUGCUGGGGGUAGCAGAUGGUGUAGGUGGCUGGAGAGACUAUGGGGUUGACCCUUCUCAGUUCUCAGGGACUCUAAUGAGGACGUGUGAACGUUUAGUGAAAGAAGGACGGUUUGUACCCAGUAAUCCUGUUGGGAUCCUCACUGCAGGUUAUUGUGAGCUGCUGCAGAACAAAGUACCUUUGCUUGGAAGCAGUACAGCUUGUAUAGUAGUUCUGGACAGAACAAGUCAUCGUUUACAUACAGCCAACUUGGGAGACUCUGGAUUUUUGGUAGUCAGAGGAGGAGAAGUUGUCCAUCGAUCUGAUGAGCAGCAGCAUUACUUCAACACUCCCUUCCAACUCUCAAUAGCUCCACCAGAAGCAGAAGGAGUUGUCUUAAGUGACAGCCCUGAAGCUGCUGAUAGUACUUCAUUUGAUGUCCAACUUGGAGACAUUAUUUUGACUGCAACAGAUGGACUGUUUGACAACAUGCCUGACUACAUGAUUCUGCAGGAGUUAAAAAAGCUGAAGAACUCCAACUAUGAGAGUAUACAGCAGACUGCAAGAAGCAUUGCUGAGCAAGCUCACGAGCUGGCCUAUGAUCCCACUUACAUGUCACCAUUUGCACAGUUUGCAUGUGACAAUGGGUUGAAUGUGAGAGGGGGAAAACCAGACGACAUCACCGUCCUUCUGUCCAUCGUAGCCGAGUACACAGACUGAUCCCCCCGGGGUGUUGGCUGCUCCCACUUCUCCUUCCCCCCCAGCUCCCAGCACCACCCCUACGGUUUCCUGCUGGCAGGAUUGCUUCUCCCUUCCCAGCUGAUCCUGGGUCUCGAGCUCCUCACCUGGCUUGAGACACAACCCAAGUCUUUGUGAAGAACCACUCUCCUCAUACACUGGUCUGUGUCUGCCAGCAAGAAAUGAAGAAGCUCAAGGCUCCAAGCAUGUCUUUCAGAGCUUACUCAUUGUCCUGAAAAAGGGGGAGGAUCAAUCCCACCUCGCUCCUACCUUUGAGAUGUGACUUUUUUUGUUUUUUUUCAGAGGAGCAGAAUGGGUUUCUCAUCUUCUUUCAAACUAAAUUCAGUAGCUAAAACCUCUGCCAGAGGGCAUAGUGCUCUAUUUACUGGGAACGUUCACUCUUCAUUAAAGGGUAUGUUACACAACACCCUUCCAUAAGCAUAGUCUUGUUACAGUGAUAGCUGAGGUUUUGUGUUUCCAAGCUCCAGUUUUCAGGAGGUUUAUAACUGCUGUAAACAUUCUGCUCUUGCCAUACCUGGUGUCAGCCUAGGAGCCUUUUUCUAGUACGAAAUUUCAAAAAAAAAAAAAAAAAAAAAAAAGAAAAAAAGAAAAGCAACAAAAAAACAACAAACCAACCAUACUUAGUUCGAGUUAAUAUUGGAUGCAAAAUGUGUUUUGUGAUUUCAGGUGCUUAACUGUGAUCUUUAAAAAUUUCUGCAGAUCAUUCGUCCAUAAAUGGGCCUGGUAUCUGGAGGUUUGGGCUGUGGAUAACUUUUUUUUUUUUUUUUUUUUUUUUUUCUUCAUUUGUUUGUUUAAAACAAAAGAUUUAAAAACCCCAAGCUGGCCAAAGCUGAGGUCCCAUCAGCAUUUUAACCCUUGUUGCCAGCACGGGAUGGUGUAGCACAAGUGCUCCAGUGGGAGGAUGCACCAAGAACAUCCUCAGCUCUGAACGUCUUCACUUUGGAGAGAUGAUUCUGUCAUUAACAAACCAUUAAUUAGUGUUAAUAAUUCCCAUUCUUGCUUGUGUAGGACAGAAUCUGCUGCACCAGUUUGAGUCCAGUUGAUCCUUAACCUUUCAGACUCUCAGACAAGCACCUCUUGGCUUCUGCUGUGGCAGCAGCAGUGAGUACGUACACAAACUAUUAAUUAAUAUAAUCAGCAACACAUUUCAGUAACUAAAGUUUAGGGGUUUCAGAAUGAACCUUAAUGAUGUUUACAGUUAUCUAACAGCCACUUUGCAAUAUUACAUUUCCUUUUCAAUGACAGUAGCUCACAUUUUUGUUUCCCCCCCCUCUCUUCCAGCCAGCUUUCCUUUUUUUCUUUCCUGAGGUUCAUACAAAAAGCUGAUAGCUGUAAAGAUAUAUAUAUUUUUGGUCAGUUUUUCAUUAACUUUUUUGCUGGUAGAAAAGUAUGUAGAAAUAAAUUAAAGCCAUGUUUUUAUAUAUAAAAAGUCGGGUAAUGUUGCUGUUUAGGUGAGUGCAGUUAAACUUGGUCAGUAAGGAAUCUUACCUGCUCUCAAAAGGAGAUUUUUACUACCUGGUUUAUUGUAUUAAAACUGUUUAAGUUUGAGGUUACCUCAACUUGUUUAAAGAAUAUUUGUGGACUUGUACUGUAUAUUUGCGUAACUAUGUCAAGCUUUUAUUUAAGAUCAUUUAACAUGUACCAUGUACAUGUCAUUUUACUAUAUUUCAAUGCAUCAUGCUUGUAACAGGCAUUUCAUUUAUAAUAAGUGAUUAAUUUGGGAGCUCUCCAGUAAUUUAUCUGCUAUUCCUAAAUUGGCAUAAUGUUAGCUAUCUAUUUUAAAUCACCUUGUAAUUCCUUGUCAAAAUGCCUUAACUACCCUAACUUGACCAAAAUACUCUUUUGGUGAGGGUACGGGGAGGAUUCUGCUAAUGAAGACAAAUUAAUUAGUUUUGCCAUCCAUGGCACAGUGAGUGGUGGAUAACUUUGCACAAAUUAUCAGUCUGUGUUGGGUUUUUUUUGUUUGUUUCUUCUUAUUUACAACUGAACAAGCUGUAGCUUGCUGUCUCGUUAGGAGGAAUGUAUUCACACUGCAGCACAGGGCUUUGUUUCUAGCGUUUGGGAGGGGUUUUUCCCUCCCCAGUCUGGGUGUCUUUGACAUUUUAUUCUCCAGUAUUUACUGUCAAGCUUCUUGAUUAGAGCAGAUUUGAUCAAUUUCUUCUUUUCCCUUCAGCUUUCCUGAGGGUGAUGCCAACCUUGCUCUCUGACCCCUGGCUCUCAGCCUGCUCCUCCCCAGCCCUCCUUAAGCCCACCCCCUCACACCUUCUAGAACCAUCCAUAGGGCUGAAGCUGCUCCUCUGAGCAGCAUCUGUGGAGCCAUUUGCCUCACAUCACACCGUGAUUUAUUAUUAUUAUUAUUAUUAUUUUGGUUUUUUUUUCCUUUUAACAAAGAACAAAUUUGGAUUUUGAUUUACAAAUCAUGAGUUUAUCCCUCACCGGACACACCAAAGACCAGUUAAAGCUUUUAGCUUUUCCAUCUGUUUAUAAAGCAAUACUGUAUUAUAAAGAACUGAUAUUUUUAUCACAUGCUUGAUUGUUUUUUUGGGUUUGGUGUUUUGUUUGGGGCUUUUUUUUAGUUGUGGUUUGUUUUUUUUUUUUAAGAUGUGCACUCUAAACAUAUCAAACCUAAUUUCUUCCUAUGAACUUAAGCUGUCUGCGCACAACAGAUUCUUUUUUUUUUUUGGCAGAGGAAAUGACAGGGCCCAUACUAUCAAAAACUAAUUUUAAACAAUGCAUGAAGCAGUAACACUUCCUAGGAAUUUAGAUUAUUGUGACUGUUCACCAGAGGAAGGCCCAAAGAAAGGUGUUUCUGUGGCAUGGAAGGGAGCACGAGCAGAGCAGAGGCUGCUGCACAAGGUGUGUGUUUGUUCCCAGGAGGUGGUGGGUGGGGAGCAGUGGUCAGAAGGAAAAAGAAGAGUUUUUUGUACCCCAGGAAUCCCCAGGGCUGGUGGGAGUUGGGGUUUCUGCUGCCCUGUUUGGGUAAAACAGGGCUAUGAUGUGGUGAACUGGGAAAACUCUGUGGUUCCUUGCUACUUUUCCAGCUAUCUUUGGUAGAGCUGCAACAUACAGUUUCCCUCUAAAUGUCCUUGUGUUUAUGAAGGAGGUGUAACUGAAAGAAAAACAGCAAAAAAAAAAAACCUGAAAAAAAUAAAACAACCAAAAAAAAAACCACCAGAUUUUGGGACCAGACAGUUCUGACUGAGUAAAGGAGGAGGAAGAGGCAAAGGACUGGCAAGGAUGUGAGGAGUUAGUGAUGGAAUCUCCAUCUCUUGGUAACCAACAUCCUUUUUUCCAGGGGAAAGCAGAUGGUGUGUGUAGCAACUGGCUGUAUGAGGUAGUUUCUUACAAAGAUAGCUGAGAUAAUGAAGCAAAUCUGAGUCUGUAUCUAAUGAGGUUGCUUUUUUGUUGUUGUUUAAAAUGAGACUAUCAUCUAUGCUUACCUAAGAGGCAAUUAUGUGAAUUUCAUGUCUGAGGUAUAACUUAUGCAGGAAUAGUUCUGUAAAUACAUUUAAAUGAAUUGUAAAGAUAUUUAAUAAAUAUAGUAUUUAUACUAAAAUGUUGGUUUUUAAAGUAAAACUGCAAAAGCUGUGUUUGUUACUGCAGUGGGGUUGCUGGUGAGGCAGAGAUGCUGUGACCUGAGGGAAGGGAAGAAAAUAACCCAAGGCUGAAGCACAGACACCUCUGAAACUCAUCACUUUUAUUUCUUUCAAUGCAUUUCUGUGACAACUUUGGCUGUUCAGUUAAACACCAGCUCUGUACCUGCUGUUCUGUAGCAAUCCUGGCUGUGCUGGGUUUAUUUCUCCAGCUCCUGUGACUUUCCAACAGGAGCUUAAUUUGCCUGAAGUGGUGGCAGGGUUUGAAUUCUCCUGUGAGAAUCCUCUUGAGAGCUGAGCUCCCAAAGCAGUGGGCAGUGCACACACUGAAUCCACUCAAUCAUGAUCUAAAUUUGUCUUGCAUCAUGAAAAUAGAGUGGCAAACAGCAAAUAAACAUUUAACCUGUGCUGGUGCAGCA